GUUCUGUAAGAAUAAAUUAGCAUUGAUUAAGUUCAAAAAUUUUAGGUAGGGAGGAGAAUUGGGAAGCUAGCAAGGUAUUCCCCUAAAACUUACAACGCUAUCUGAACAUUUUUAUUUCAUUAAAGUCUUCUAAUUUGCUUUUGUAUAGAAUUUAUGGUGCCAUAUAGACUCUCCCUUAUUAUCAAGUAGCCAAUAGGUAAUAUUUAAGGUUUUUAGAAAAUUUCAAAAACUUUCUGAAAUAAAUUAUUAGAGUCUCUUCUUGUAUCUGAAAGAGAGCCUUCUCUAGUGCAAAUAACUCAGAUUUAAUGGUACUUUUUAUUGCUCAUUUUACAAUGGUUAUCCCCUCUUUCUGAGUUUUUAGCUAACCAAGGUCAAUUUUUCAAGUUUUUCUUAGAGAUCAUCGUUUAGUCUUUUCAAUUCUAUUCUCAAUUGAUGUAAGGCUGCUUGCCAGCUUAGGUAGCAGGACUAAGACUAUGUUAGCAUAUAUGCAGUCUUCCUCUCUGAUAAUGGUCUACAACUUUUUUAAGUACCACACUAGAUGUUUCGAUUUGAUUGAAAAUGUAAUCAUAACGAAACUGAGGUUAUUUAAAUUGUCUAACCAAAUUCAAAAAAUGUUAGCUCUGCUCUUUCAUCUUUACAUGGUGACUUGCUUAAACCCUCUAAAAGGGCGAGGCAAUAAGGCUAAGCAUCCUUUGUAAGUAUUAUAAAAGAUUUCUCAACUAUAAAAAGAUGGUAAAGGUUACUUCUUAAAAGACUCUGAAAGGUAUUUGUCUCAUAAUUCUUCACUUGCGACUUCAGCCUCAUCUCCAGACUAAUAAAUAUUCUGACUGUGUUGAGUUUUGAAAUUAAAGCAACUUGCAAACAAAUUUUAAUUAAAAAGUUGUACAUUUAGAACAAAUGUAUUAAGGUUUUUAUGUUUGGGCAGGAGGCUUAAGCUCACAAGUCAUGCUUCUUCUUUAUAUUUUCAAGAGUCUGAGCUUGACUAGCACAAAGCUUUUAAGAGUCAUAAAAAUUUGAACUUUGUCAUCAAUGUUCAUAAACUUUGCAAAGAUUACUUACUUUUUAGGACAUUUUUGGGAAGACUGGUAUUUUAAAGCAAUUCUGGGCUAAAAGAAGCUUAAUUUUUCAUAAAUAUUUAAUUUUAAAGCAAAAUAAAGUCUCUUGUGAUUCAUCGAAGCACUGAAAAUUAAUGGGGUGGUCUACUAAUCCUGGAAUUUUUAGUGGAAUUAGUGAAGUGAAAUACUUAAUUUCUUGAGAAUUUUAUAAAAUUAUUCAAUGAUAAUCAAUAAGGCAACGAGGAAAGUUCUAUUAACUCUCGACUUUCACACCCAAGCGACAAGAGAGAAUAAUGCUCAAUUAAGCCAAGACCUGUCUGCUGCAGAUAAAGAAACCCCUCAACUUGAAGAGGAGAAGCAUAAGGCAGAUAAUUCAAAGAGAAAAGCAUUGGAUACCGAGCCAGUUAUGUCUAGAGGUCAUGAUUCAAAUGCUAACCAUCAAAUAAAAUAUGAAUCUUUGAAGGAAUCAGCAGAAGCCAAGAAAGGUGCUAAUGGCGGAAAAAAAAAUAAAGUGAGGCCAGCCAACUUUAGUCUCGAGCAGAAAGAAGUUCUUUACUCUUGGCUUGAGAACAACAUUGAGUGCCCAAUCCCGAGGAAUCAGGAGUUGAAAUAACUUGGCAAUAUGUUCAGGACUGUCUCAUGCCCAGAUAAAACUAUGGUGUACUAACGUUAGAAGAAGAAAUUUAGUUGUAAUCAGAAGCAGUGAUGAGACUAUGUCACUAAAAUGCGAUAAAACUAUCAAGUUGAGAAGAGAAACAAUGAAGAAGAAUGAGAGGAAAGUGAAAAGAAAAAACAUUGAUGAGUCAGAGUCCGAGAUAGACAGAUCAGAUUUAUAUCAGUUCAUGUAG